AUGGAGAAGCAUCCUCUUGAAUAUUUCAAAGAAACCGAACCAAGGAAAUAUCAGUUUUAUGAUUGUUACCAGUAUCGUAGAGGCCAAAAAGAUUUUGCAUUUAAUUUUCGUCUAGAGGCUACAAGUGCUUGGAAUAUUUGGCGGAACAUGAUUCCGUUGUGGUCUACAAGCUUGACUAUAUCAUAUGGUCUCUCUUGUAGAGGUAGGCCCUCCAGAGGGGAUAUUACUCACACAACUACGAUGAGCGCCUGCGUCCCGCUCACCUUAUGUCGUUCACUUGAUCCCGUUGUGGUAAAAGUAACACGUGUUAUGGUACAGGGAACUGAAUUGUUGAAAAGAAAAUUUGAUGCCGCUAAAGAAAAUUUGGAAAUAAAUGGAAGUUCAGAUAACAACAGCAAUAUAAAAUCAACUGAGUUAGAGGAGUUGGAGCCUAAUGACGAGAUCAAUAUUGAUGAUAAUGUAAUUUUGGACUUUGAUCCAUUAAGCGAUUUAAGUGAUUUAGAAUCUUAUAUUAGUGCCAAUGAAAGAUUAAUAAGGCGCAUAUUAAAACCCGAAGAUGACAAUCCUUUGGGUAUGAAAGUUGAUGGUAUAUUUCAUACUCUGGGAGAGAAAGGAGUUGAAAUUGGAAUGGUGGAGUUCUCAGGUGGUUAUCUAAAUUCAGAUAUGCCCCGAUAUAUAAAAGAUCAUGUCAAAGGACAAGAGGUGCAAGUAUGGGGAAUGGAUAUACUCGUUUCAAAGAUUUAUAGAAUGUUUUUAAUUGGUUUAGAUGACUAUUUCAAGUUAUUCGAAGAAUUUAAAAAAUCACCGACAAAAUAUUCACGAUCUUCACUAUUGAAAAACUAUAUUGGUGAUAUUAUUAAUAAUUCAACAUUAAACCCAACUGGAAAAAAGCCCGAAUGA